UGCGCGCCCCCGUCCAGGCCCGACGCUGGCGCAACACCUGUGACCGCACGUGUGGGCACCGCCGCAUCUGCCGUCACAUCCCGUGGCCACGCUCGCUCGGCCACCGCCCUCGUGCACGCCCGUGACCCGCACCCCGGGACCGCGGGCCUUGCGCGGAGCCAUGGCCCUGCGCCCCGAGAGGUGGGCCCCGCGGCCCCGCGCCCCCCGCCGGCUGCGCUUCGGGGACUGGCUCCUGCGCGAGGUGAGCAGCGGCCGCUACGACGGGCUGCGCUGGCUGGACGCCGCCCGCACGCGCUUCCGCGUGCCCUGGAAGCACUUCGGGCACAAGGACCUGAGCGAGGCCGACGCGCGCAUCUUCAAGGCCUGGGCCGUGGCGCGCGGGCGCUGGCCGCCCGGCGGCCCCGGCAGCGCUGACCGCUGGGCGCCCGAGAGCGCGCACCGCGCCGGCUGGAAGACCAACUUCCGCUGCGCGCUGACCAGCACGCGCCGCUUCGUGAUGCUCCAGGACAACUCCGGGGACCAGAGGGACCCGCACAAAGUCUUCGGGCUCAGCCCGGAGGCGGGCUGCAGAGGGCCGAGCGUUCCCGCGGAGGCGCUCCCCGCCGCGGCGCCCCCCGCCCGGGAGGCGCUGCCCUGUCCAGGCCAGGCCGAGGCGCGGGAGCCGCCGGAGGCCCGCGCCCCCAGCGCCCCCGCAGGCCCCUUCCUCCAGGCAGUGCCGCAGGGCAGCCUGCAGGCCCACCUGCUGGAUGCCGCCGCGUGGGUGGCGCCGCCGGCGCCCACUGCUGAGGAUCUGGACCUGCCCUGGGUAGCGGACGUGGCCCCCCCCUGCAGGCCCCUGCCCCAGGUCCCGCUGGCAGGCCCCGCCCCGGUCCCGGAGCCCUGGCCCCUGGCAGUGGCCCCCGGCACAGUGCCCUCCACAGCAGCGGGGGCCGCGGAGCCGCUGGCCGGGCCCUGGGGCUCCGGGGUGCACCUGCCGGCCCAGCUGGGAGUCCUGGACGUGACCAUCAUGUACAAGGGCCGCACGGUGCUGCAGGAGGUGGUGAGUCGGCCCAGCUGUGUCCUCCUGUACGGGGACCCCGGCCCGGCUGCCCCCGAGUCCCAGUGCGUGGCCUUCCCCAGUCCCGCCGAGCUGGCCGACCAGAAGCAGCUGGCGUACACCGAGCAGGUGCUGCGGCACGUGGAGCCCGGCCUGCAGCUCGAGCUGCGGGGGCCGGAGCUGAGGGCGCGGCGCCGGGGCAAGUGCAAGGUGUACUGGGAGCUGGGGGGGCCCCCGGGCUCCAGCAGCCCCCCCACGCCCCCCCAGCUGCUGGAGCGCAACUCCGACACCCCCAUCUUCGACUUCAGCUACUUCUACCAAGAGCUGCUGGAGUUCAGGGCCCAGCGCGGGGGCUCCCCCCGCUGCACCAUCUACCUCGGCUUCGGGCAGGACCUGUCGGCCCGCAGGCCCAAGGAGAAGCACCUGGUGCUGGUGAAGCUGGAACCCAGGCUGUGCCGGGCCCUUCUGGAGGCCGCGCAGCGCGAAGGCGCGUCCUCGCUGGACAGCGGCAACCUCGGCCUCUGCCUGUCCAGUGGCAACAGCCUGUUCGAGGACCUGGAGCAGCUGCUCAUGGAGCUGGGCCAGCCCGCCUAGCCGGCCCUCCCGCUGCCGCCCCCCCGCCGGCACACGAAAGCAGUCCCCGCUCCGAAAGAGAAUCCGUGUUUGAUAAA